AUGCAAGCCCAUUUUUAAGAGAAGGAAGCUCUAGCUGACAUCUUUGGUCAUAUAAAAGAUGUAGAUGAGCAAAUUUUUGGUGUCAUAUUAGAAAAAUUAAGAAAGGAAAAAGUUUAAGACAUCAUUGGAUAUCUUUCAGAUAACGGGACUCAAAGUCAAUUAGAAUCAUGUAUCUUACAAAAAGGAGAGAAUAUCACCCAGGCUGAUAAAGAAUAGAAAUUGUAUGUUGUUAGAAAUGAAAUCAAAUAAAUCACAGAAGUCUUAAGAAAAUUUAAAGACCAUGACUUCAAUAAGAUAAACUAUUCCUCUGAAUAAAAUGAAGAAUCUACAUUAAAUCUAAUUAAAAGUAUCAAGGAUAAUAAAAGGAUCAUUGAAUUUCUGUAAUUUUUAGUUCUGCUCACAUCUAUUGAUGAAACUUUUAUAUAGGGGGGAUCAAAUUCAUUACAUUUAUUAGUUUAGUUGAAGGUGGACCUUAGGAACAAAAAUUUUGAAAACAUAAAAAUCUAAAAUACUUCUUUGGUGGGAGCCACUUUUUUUAGGUGUAAUUUUAGUGGAUCCUAAUUUAAUAAUGUUAAUCUAAGUGGAAUAAAUUUGAGUUGCUCUAUAUUAUUCGAUUGUUAAUGGAAGAAUAUUAGAAUCCAUGAAUUGAAUAAACUAAAUGGUCAUAGUGACAUUGUUUGGUCAGUCUGUAUCUCUCCUGAUGGUAAUACAUUAGCAUCUGGUAGUGGUAAUAAAAAAAGGGGUGGUGAUUGUUCUAUCCGUUUAUGGGAUGUCAAAACAGGAUAAUAAAAAUCAAUACUAGACGGUAAUAGUGGAACUAUCUUAACAGUUUGUUUCUCUCCUGAUGGAAAUACCUUAGCCUCUGGAAAUGCAAAUAGGUCUGUUUUACUAUGGGAUGCUAAAACAAGAAAGAAAAAAGCCAAAUUGAAUGGUCAUACUAGUUUUGUUAACUCAGUCUGCUUUUCUCCUGAUGGAAAUAUAUUAGCAUCUGGUAGUGAUGAUAAAUCUAUCCAUCUUUGGGAUGUCAAAACAGGAAAAUAAAAAGCCAAAUUAGAUGGUCAUAGUGGAAAUGUUUGGUCAGUCUGUUUCUCUCCUGAUGGAAAUACAUUAGCUUCUGGUAGUCAUAAUAAGUCUAUCCGUCUAUGGGAUGUGAAAACAGGAUAUUAAAAAGCCUAAUUAGAUGGUCAUUAACAUUAUGUUAUUUCAGUCUGUUUCUCUCCUGAUGGAAAUACAUUAGCUUCUGGUAGUUGGGAUAGCUCUAUCCGUCUAUGGGAUGUCAAAAAAGAAUAAUAAAAAGCCAAAUUAGAUGGUCACAGUAAUAGUGUGAAUUCAGUAUGUUUCUCUCCUGAUGGAAAUACAUUAGCAUCUGGUAGUGAUGAUAAAUCUAUCUGUUUAUGGGAUGUUAAAACAGGACAAUAAAAAGCCAAAUUAGAUGGUCAUUAACAUUAUGUUAUUUCAGUCUGUUUCUCUCCUGAUGGAAAUAUAUUAGUUUCUAGUAGUUAUGAUACAUCAAUCCUUCUUUGGGAUGUCAAAACAGGAUCAUAAAAAACCAAAUUAGAUGGUCAUAGUGGAACUGUGUACUCAGUCUGUUUCUCUCCUGAUGGAAAUACAUUAGCUUCUGGUAGUCAUAAUAAGUAAAUCCGUCUAUGGGAUGUGAAAACAGGAUAAUAAAAAGCCUAAUUAGAUGGUCAUACUAGUUGUAUUAACUCAGUCUUUUUUUCUCCUGAUGGAAAUACAUUAGCAUCUGGUAGUGAUGAUAAGUCUAUCCGUCUAUGGGAUGUCAAAACAGAAUAAUAAAAAGCCUAAUUAGAUGGUCAUGCUAGUUGUAUUAACUCAGUCUUUUUUUCUCCUGAUGGAAAUACAUUAGCAUCUUGUAGUGAUGAUAAAUCUAUCUGUUUAUGGGAUGUUAAAACAGGACAAUAAAAAGCCAAAUUAGAUGGUCAUUAACAUUAUGUUAUUUCAGUCUGUUUCUCUCCUGAUGGAAAUACAUUAGCUUCUGGUAGUUGGGAUAGCUCUAUCCGUCUAUGGGAUGUCAAAAAAGGAUAAUAAAAAGCCAAAUUAGAUGGUCACAGUAAUAGUGUGAAUUCAAUAUGUUUCUCUCCUGAUGGAAAUACAUUAGCAUCUGGUAGUUAAGGUUGCUCUAUCCGUCUUUGGGAUGUCAAAACAGGAUAAUAAAAAGCCUAACUAGAUGGUCAUACUAGUCGAAUUUAUUCAGUCUGUUUCUCUCCUGAUGGAAAUACAUUAGCUUCUGGUAGUAAUGAUAAGUCUAUCCGUCUAUGGGAUGUCAAAAAAGGAUAAUAAAAAGCCAAAUUAGAUGGUCACAGUAAUAGUGUGAAUUCAGUAUGUUUCUCUCCUGAUGGAAAUACAUUAGCAUCUGGUAGUGAAGAUAAGUCUAUCCGUCUCUGGAAUGUCAAAACAGGAUAACAAAAAGUCAAAUUGCAUGGUUAUGAUGAUGCUGUUCUUUCAGUCUUUUUCUCUCCUGAUGUAAAAACAUCAGUUUCUGGUCGUAGUGAUAACUCUAUCCGUUUUUGGGAUGCUUAGAAUGGAUAAGAAAUUUCAUCUGUUGAAAAAACAUAUAUUGAUAAUCUUGUUUAAUUUAAAGCAGCCCUUUUUUAAAAAAAUCCUCUACCAGGUAAUUACUUUAUAGAAUCCAACAAUUUAACAAUUCUAAGAAUAUCUUAAACACCAUUAUUUCUAGCAUAAGGAGCUCUGAUCUUGAAAGGAAAUUUUUAAAAUGAUGAGGGAUACGAUCUAAGAUCAAUAUUCAAAUCAACAGGUAGUUACUUUAUUGAAGACUUUUAGUAAAAGUGA